AGCAUCACCCGGAAGCUCUGCAGGCUAGGUCGGAAGUGGCGCGCAGCAGGCGGGCCGGGCAUCAUGGCCGACGAGGAGGAGGACGCGCCGUUCGAGGAAGACGCGGAGGAGGCGGGUGGCGGCCUGGACGGCGGGCAGGGCAAGCGCAAACGCCUCUUCUCCAAGGAGCUGCGCUGCAUGAUGUACGGCUUCGGGGACGACCAGAACCCCUACACCGAGGCCGUGGACAUCCUGGAGGACCUGGUCAUCGAGUUCAUCACGGAGAUGACUCACAAGGCCAUGUCAAUCGGGCGGCAGGGUCGUGUUCAAGUUGAAGACAUCGUCUUUUUGAUCCGCAAGGACCCACGGAAGUUUGCCAGAGUUAAAGAUCUCUUGACAAUGAAUGAAGAACUCAAACGGGCCAGGAAGGCUUUUGAUGAAGCCAACUAUGGAUCUUGAUAACUUGCCUUUGUGUGGUGCAAAGACGGUAUGUUCCUGGGGACUACCCAUUAUUAGGUACCUACCAAAAUCACAGAAGUGGGCUGCACAGCAGCUCCUUUAAUUUUGGUGUUUCCCCCUUUUCCCUCCUGCCCCUGUUGCUGAUUGACCUGAUGGUGCUUCUGCUUGCUGCUGACUGGCAGUGUUUUUGCCUCCCAGCCAUAUUUAAAACUGGUUUUCUCCUCUCUGCCAAUAAGGAGCAAGCAUUCGGGUACCUUUACCAAUGGGGGAUGGGGCGUAUGGAGGGUGUGGGGGCACACAGGGGAACCUGCAAAAUUUCACUGUGAUUUUUGGUAGGUCCCUGCCCACUUAAAACCUUGCCUGCCAUUAUCCUUAACCAUGUUGGCAAUGAUUCCAUCCCUCCUUUCCCCAAAAAACCAGAAAAAUUAACGAUAACUGCUUUGGGGAUUUUUAGGCCAUCUAAGUACUAGGGUAUCUUCUAUGCUCUUAAGCCUUAACUGGCCCUUUAGAGUUGUCUGUGAAACUAGUAGCUUUAUCUAAUUGCAUUUGUUGUUAAUUGGAAUUUUUUGUACGUUAUUUUAAGACAUUUGGGGAGGUUGUCACUAAAGAGGACUAGAAAUUCUUAUUGCUCUCAUUUUGUAGCAACAUAUUCAAGUCAGGUAGCAGAUGACUAAAGCAGUAAAUAUGAACUGGGGUUGGUUUUUUGGGGGGGUUUUUUUGUUUGUUUACAGGUAUUCUGGUUCUCAUUAGCACAGAUGCUUUUAGAUCUCAGAUCCCACAAGUGGAUUUCAAAAGAGUGGGUGGAAAAAUUUUGUCUGGACAUGUUUGACCAAAUGUACUGUAUACCUCUCCAAGUACAAACUACUAGGAGUUUUGCUUUUCCAUGUCUCCCCCCUGCUGAUGGGUAUUUGAAUAAAAUGUUUUAACACAUCA